GAGAAGCAGCCUGGAGGAGGCUGACAACCUCCAGCACCACCGUCUCCUCCUGGCUUCACUACUGCAGGGUGGCCUACAAGGUGGCAGCUGGCUCUAACUUGCAUUGAGAGAAGUAGGGGUGCGCACGGUGGUUGGUUGCAAGUGAAGUUGUGCGCACUUUUACGCGCGGCCCAGCAUCGUCUCCUGGGGAUAUGUAAGCUCGUCCACGCGUGAGGGUAAACAAAAAAGUGAGCAAAGAUGCGCGGCACUGAGCUGCUGCUCCUCUACUUCUUCAUCAAAGUCACCGCGGAAGGCGAACUACCGGAGCAUACGGCGGAGGAGCUGCUACUGGUGAGCGGAUACAAUGACUCGGCGGAAGCCACGACGAGCGGCGUUACUGAGGUUCCGCACACGGAAGACAAGUGCCGCGGUUACUACGACGUCAUGGGCCAGUGGGACCCACCGUUCGUGUGCCGGACAGGCAACUACUUGUACUGCUGCGGCACCUGUGGGUUCCGCUUCUGCUGCGCGUUCAGAAGCUCCCGCCUGGACCAGACCACCUGUAAGAACUACGACACGCCGCCGUGGAUGAUGACCGGCAGGCCGCCGUCCAAAGUGGACGUGGCGACGGACUCGGCCAAGGACAAGACCAACCUCAUCGUGUAUGUCAUCUGUGGGCUGGUGGCCAUCAUGGCUCUGAUUGGCAUCUUCACCAAGCUGGGGCUGGAGAAAACGCAACGUCCAAACAGAGAGAACAUGUCCAGGGCUUUGGCACAAGUGAUCCGACAUCCCGCUUCGGAACAUACGGAUGAGAUGAGCCUGGGCCUCCAUUAUGAGAACAUGCAAACCAGAGUGGCCAUCAACAGCCUCCACAGCCCACAGAUGAACAACGCAACGCCAGCAUCACCUCUGAUAACUGAACCGUAUGCAGUCCUCGAACAAAUCAGCAGCCCUUAUGAGCCGCAGACAUCCAUCAAGGACCUCAACAAGUAUGCCACGCUUAAGGCUGUCGCAGAAAAAGCCAGCAACAGCUUCUACACCAACCGCCGGCAAGUGAUGGAGAUGGCAGCCAAAGGCAGCCUCCCGAUGGAACCUAUGGACACAGAGCCGGAACCGUGCAAUCCCUACAGCCCGCUGAGACAGAUGUCUACCAAGCAGGGUGGACGCAAACAUAAGAGCCCUAAGAGCCACAGCUCCCAGUCGCUGUCUUACGCCUGCGCCGCUUUAGCCAGCCCGGCGGCUAUGUUAAGGCCAUGGGAGAGCAACGACACGCUGGGACUGAGGUACGGCUACGGCCCAAAGAAACUCUGCGUCCUGGAGAAGGAGCUUCACAACAGUCGCUACCUGCCUCCGCAGCCCUACUUUGUGACCAACAGCAAGACUGAGGUGACGGUAUGAGGGGAAAGGUUGACGACAUUUGCAAUGUGACUGCGUGUGUUGGUGUCAAAUACCACUAUGGAGUGUUGAACAUGUUGUUGUGUGCAUGUGAAAGACAAGGAGGUCAUGGAUCACCGUUCCUGCAGAACAGGAAUUAGAAUGUCGCUAUCCAUAGGAGUAUAAUCCAACAACAAUACCAAAACACAAAUUGCAAGCUAAAUCAUAUACACACAAAGCACUAUUUAUUUAUUUAUUUACCACAAAAGAAACACAAAUAGCACUCAAAAAGCACAGACCUCAACCUAGGCCAAACAAUCAGGGCAUAGUAGUUGAUUAAUUGAUGGAUUGGUUUGUGUGAAUCGAUUGUUACUCGUGUCUGGAAGCAAUGGAGGCAAAAAAAAAUGGAGUGCACUACUAGGCUGAAGCCACCAGAGGCGUUGUUGCUGAUUCAGUCUCAUCUACUUUGCUGUCUCAAGACGGACAACACGCUCAAUAAUCCACUGGCAUGGAAACAGGAGUUCAGAACAUUCCGAUUAAUCAAUAAACUGAUUAAUUUUCUCCAUAGUCGGUCGACAUUCCCUAAGACAUUCGACUUCCCUAAUCAGCAUUGGAAGCUUCCUGCAAUGCCGGAAUUUUCUCAUUAAAAAAUAAUCAGUUUAAUCAUUCUAGUGUUCGGCAAUGUAAAAUCAAGUUAGCAUGUUUUUCCUUGUAAAAUAUUUACAGUAUCUAUUCUUUUACAUGGGGAAAAUAUUUAUCCCAUUACAGCGGAUGUUAUACUAAAACGUCAACGCUGAAUUUUGUGUACUUUCAUAAUGUUAACUGUAAGGGCAGAAAUGACACAGACUGUUAUGUUUAUUCUGUCACAACCUUAAAAAUUAUUGUGCUUUUACUGUUGAAAUAGUAAAUAAUUCACAAUAUAAGUGCGUUCACUUUGUUCAAGUAUUUCCUCGUCACUACUACUGAAUGUUGUGAAUCGGAAUUGUUUAUUUUUAACAGACAAAAGGUUGAGAACACUAUAAUCUCACAAGUGUGUGUAACAUUUGUUGGCACUGACUCCAUUGUCACAGGUCAAGGUUUGAAUAUCAGAACAUAUGCAUUAUAGAGCACCUGAUGGUUUUUUGUGCAGUGCAAUUUGUGCAGUUGUUUUUUUGUUGAUAUCACACUAAGAAGUCUAAAAAUGGCAUUUUUAGUAUAUCCCCAUACUGGAAUUUUUUUGGAAAACUUUUUGCGAGAAACACAGAACAGUAAAUGUGGAGCUUUUUAUGAUGAUAAACAACAAUAACCAAGCAAAACAUGUUCCAUGACUAUUUGAAACAAUUUAACAUGAAAAGAUGUCAUUGCCUUGUCAUGAAUUUGUUCAGACUAAUGAACAAUGCACGGAGAGUAGCUGACAAAGGACCAAAGACGCUAUAAGUACAUCCUAACUAGGGCUGCAACUAACGAUUAUUUUCUUAGUCGAUUAAUCUGAAGCUUGUUGUUUCGGUUAGGCCCUACAUGGACCAAAUCAAUAUGAAGCAAACACAAUUGGUGGUUUUGUCCAGAACAUAUCCGAAAAGGGGCAAAAUGUCUCUCACUGUUUUCCAAAGUCAAAGCUGAUGUGUGUGAAUAUUUUGUUUUGCUAAAAACACAAAGAUAAUAGAUCUACUUUCAUGGAUGACUAAGGAAAUUUUAAGGCUGGAAUCAGAGUAUAUUUUCCAUUUUUAAAUAAAAAAACAAUUAAUUGAUGUUAACAAUGAAAUAUUUUCCACUGUGCUCUGAAUGGGUACUGCAACAUGUUUGUGCUUAUCUACAACAGAGAGAUAACACACUCACAAGAUCUUUCACUUGGAACAAAGACACGCUGCUGUUUUGAAACACUCUCUCACACACACAGUUUCAUUAUGACUCACCCUUCUGUCUCCUGGCUGAGACGCCCAGCCUCCUAGCCGUGAUUGGUUGAAACCAGAUCAGAGCAAUCCACCAACAAACAGUUAACGGGAAGUUUCCUGAUCAUUGGGACCGCCUCCACAGCAGGCUUAUGAGGAAGAGAAACUCAGUUGCACUUUAGAGACCGCUUGGACCUCACCAGACCUUGGCUGGGGGGCUGACCGUUCAUCCAGUGCUGGCAUUGCAAUUGUUUGUAUCUACUCCUUUUAAUAUUAAAUUGUAAAAAUUACUUGAAACUUGCUAAAGAGGCAGGUCCUAACAUCAAAUACCUAUGGUGGCCACUCUAAAACACAAAUAAAAAGCAAAACAAAUGACAAUUACACCACCCAGAAGGGGAAUGUACCAAAUCCCAGAGUUAUAGGAAGUGAUAACGUUUGGACCCAUCAGCUCCGUGGAGUUGGUACAUUCCUUUUCUGGUUAAUGUUGGUGGCCGAAAAGUGCAAAACACAUUAACAAAAAGCAAAACAAAUUAGACCACCCGGUAGGGGAUUGUACCCCUGUUAUACCCUCAUUAAAAUAUUUGAUGGACUCCUGUAGUACAUCUGUUCCAUCCGUCUGGUAAGUACCAUUUAACAACUCCAAAGUAUCGGCCACAUGUGUAACAGAAUCGCAUCAAGCAGCUCAAGUGUGUGCCACAAAACGGGCAAACCCGCCACAACGCCAAAUGUGACCGCUUCCUGUCUGAUUCGUGUGGCACAAUUCCCUUCCGGGUGGUGCAACUGUACUUUGUUUAGCUUUUUGUUAACAUGUUUUGCACUUCUUGGCCACGGUAAAUACCAAAAUAAUUGUCUAUUAUUUAAUUGUUGCAGCUCUAAUCCCAACUAAUUUUAUUUGUGGAGGAUGUUAAAACUCUUAAUUGUUACUACUUCUCCAGAUGAAACACUGCACCACUUUGUUCUAUGCUGUGUAAUACAGGUUUCUGUUUUAGUGCGUCCCAGCAGUAAAAUAUAAAGUGUCAUAAUAUUGUCCACAUUAAAUGUUUUUUAAAAA